UCGUUCUGAUCGUUCUGUCGAACAGUAGGAAAUUCAGCGCAAUCGCGAGUGUUGUUCUUCACUUAGUGAGAGAUUGAUUGAUAAUCUUUGCAGUCGGUGUGGUUGAGUCAUCAUCACUUAUCAAACUAAUUAAUUGUUAAACUCUAACCCAGUUGAGUUGAAGGAAUUCGAAAGGGCAACUUUCCGCCUUUAUCAUCGAUUCAAUAGUGGAUAUCAGGGAAGUGCUGAUUGAUAACUUCCAGAGAGUUACCAAGUGUCAAGUGCUGAAGAAAAUUAGGUGAAAAUGAGUGGCGCGAGCGUUGUGAUAAGCCGGGAGCUUCCAGACAUUGAGAAUCUCUUGGCUUUGAAUCCUCGCGUGCAGACCAACUGUUCAGUCGUGCCGUCGAGCGUGACGAAGGUCAGCAAGAAGCACUGGAAGAGGAAUUCGGACAAAUCAUGCCAGGCUUGUCCGUCGCUGGAGAAUGACUUCUCGGACAUCAAGCACACGACCCUGUCGGAGCGCGGGGCUCUGCGAGAGGCAGCGCGAUGCCUCAAGUGCGCCGAUGCUCCGUGUCAGAAGUCCUGUCCAACGCAGCUGGACAUCAAGAGUUUCAUCACGAGCAUCGCCAACAAGAAUUACUACGGAGCCGCCAAAGCCAUCUUCUCGGACAAUCCACUGGGACUCACGUGCGGAAUGGUUUGUCCCACCAGCGAUCUGUGCGUCGGAGGAUGCAAUCUUCAGGCUUCCGAAGAAGGCCCCAUCAAUAUCGGUGGGCUCCAGCAAUUCGCCACGGAGACCUUCAAGCAGAUGGGCAUCCGUCAGAUCGUGCCUCCCAAUGUCGGAACUCCCAGAAAAUCCGAGGCCAAAGUCGCUCUGAUAGGAGGCGGACCGGCAUCUCUCUCCUGUGCCACAUUCCUGGGUCGCCUGGGGUACAAGAACAUCACGGUGUAUGAGAAACGCGACUACCUGGGUGGCUUGAGCUCCUCCGAGAUCCCUCAGUAUCGCCUACCGAUCGAUGUGGUCAAUUUCGAGAUCAAUCUCGUGCGAGAUUUGGGCGUGAAGUUCGAGACUGGACGCAGUCUCUCUGUCCAGGACAUCACUGUGCAGAAUUUGCUCAAUUCCGGCACGGAGGCAGUGUUUUUGGGCAUUGGAUUGCCACAGCCAACGCUGAAUCCCAUCUUCCAGGGCUUGACAGAGGCGAACGGCUUCUACACGUCCAAGGACUUCCUGCCCAAAGUGGCGGCCGGAAGCAAGCGCGGCUUGUGCGCCUGCAAGAGUCUUCCGCAACUUGUGGGCAACGUCAUUGUCCUGGGCGCGGGCGACACGGCAUUCGAUUGCGCCACUUCUGCCCUGAGAUGCGGAGCCAACAAAGUGUUUGUCGUCUUUCGCCGUGGCAGCUCCAAUAUUCGCGCUGUGCCUGAGGAAGUGGAGCUGGCGCGGGAGGAAAAGUGUGAAUUCAUUCCCUUCAUGUCGCCAGUGAGGGUGAUUGUGAAGAGUGGGAAGAUCACGGGCAUGGAGUUCUGCAGGAAUGAGGAGGAUGCGAGUGGAAAGUGGGUGGAGGAUCGCGAUCAAUCUAGCACAAUUAAGGCGAAUUACGUGAUUUCCGCCUUCGGUUCUGGUCUUCAUGAUGCCGAUGUCAUCAAGGCGAUCUCGCCAGUUCCUCUGAACUCCUAUGGACUCCCAAUUGUUGACUCCAAGACGCAGCAGACGAAUCUUCCACAGGUGUUCUGUGGCGGAGACUUGGCUGGCAGUGCUGAGACAACAGUGGAGAGUGUGAAUGAUGGGAAGACAGCUGCCUGGUACAUGCAUUGCUUCCUGGAAGGACUUCCCUUCGACACUCCGCCGCAGUUGCCGCUCUUCUACAGCGACAUCGAUCUGGUGGACAUCUCUGUUGAGAUGUGCGGAUUGAAGUUCGAGAAUCCCUUCGGUUUGGCUUCAGCUCCACCAACAACCAGUUCAGCUAUGAUCAGGAGAGCUUUCGAGCAAGGAUGGAGCUUUGCCGUCACGAAAACAUUCUCCCUAAACAAGGACAUCGUGACGAAUGUCUCGCCACGAAUCGUGAAGGGAGUCACUUCGGGACAUCACUAUGGUCCUGGACAGGGCGCUUUUCUCAACAUUGAGCUCAUUUCGGAGAAAUACUGCGAGUAUUGGCUGAAGAGCAUCGAGGAGCUGACGCGGGAUUUCCCCACGAAGAUCCUCAUCGCCAGCAUCAUGUGCUCGUACAAUGAGCAGGACUGGACGGAAUUGGCCCAGAAGGCGGAGAAGGCAGGCGCCCAUGCGCUGGAGCUCAAUCUGAGCUGUCCACAUGGGAUGGGAGAGUCGGGAAUGGGCUUGGCGUGCGGCCAAAAGCCCGAGCUCGUGUACAACAUUUCACUGUGGGUGAAAGCCGCCGUGAAAAUUCCUGUCUUCAUCAAGUUAACACCCAACAUCACGGACAUCGUGUCAAUUGCCAAAGCAGCUUACGAAGGAAAAGCCGAUGGCGUGUCUGCAAUCAACACCGUUUCUGGGCUGAUGUCUCUGAGGUCGGAUUCAACUCCUUGGCCAGCCGUUGGCCUGGACAAACGCACCACAUACGGCGGCGUGUCUGGUAAUGCCACUCGUCCAAUGGCUCUGCGUGCUGUGUCGGCCAUCGGGAAUGAAUUGCCUGGCUUCGCCAUCCUGGGAAUCGGUGGCAUUGACUCUUCAGAUGUGGCUCUGCAGUUCCUCCAGUGCGGCGCUUCUGUGCUGCAAGUGUGCUCUGCUGUGCAGAAUCAGGACUUCACUCUCGUCAGUGACUACUGUCUGGGUCUGAAGACACUUCUCUAUCUCCGGGCUCAUCUUCCGGCUGGAUCAAGUCCCUGGGACGGACAAUCUCCGCCGACGAUGAAGCACCAGAAGGGGAAGGUCACCUGGUCUCUCAAGGGUGAUGACGGUGCAUCGCUGCCCCACUUUGGUCCGUAUGCGCAGAAGAGGGAGGAAAUCCUGCACGGCAUUCGACAGAAGAGUGGCCCAUUCUGGGAGAGUGCAGACAAUGGCUCGGCGACUGACAACGGAAGUGCGCCGAAUGGCGGGAAAGUGCCAAAAGUCAACGACAUCAUCGGAGAAGCCCUCAACAAGAUCGGUCCGUAUAAGAAGCUGGACAACACGAAGCAGGUAGUGGCGCUAAUUGAUGACGAUCUCUGCAUCAAUUGCGGAAAAUGCUACAUGGCAUGCGCCGAUAGUGGCUAUCAAGCCAUCUCCUUCGAUCCCGAGACUCACUUCCCUCACGUCACGGACGAUUGCACGGGAUGCAAUCUCUGUCUCUCCGUCUGCCCGGUCAUUGACUGCAUCACAAUGGUUCCCAAGAAGAUCCCUCACGUGAUCAAGCGCGGAAAGGUUGUGGAUGCUGUGGCUGUUCACGCUCUAAGUCCAUCGCAAUAGCGAAGAAAAGCUAGUGAAGACUACAAUUUGCUGAAUUUCUUACUUUUAUACAAAUCAAUCGGGGUUCUGGAUAAAUAAAAUAUGCAUCGUGAUUUUUCUGUGUGCAAUUUAGCGGAG